CGAUAUAUUCCUGAAGAUGGAGCGCGAAGCGGGAUUUAAGAUUGUAUGGGGUGUUUCUAAAAAGACUGUAUUCUUAGUUACAAUAUAAAUUUUGUUAUCCUUCUUUAGUAGUCAUUUUCCUUCAUGAAUCGGAAAGAUUGUACAUUACGAUGUUUAUGUAACUUUAAUGUAAUAUGUAAAUGAAAAACUCUUAAAUCUACGUGAAUUAAAUAUAUCAGGUAAUAUAUUUAAAAUCUUGAAGGAAUUAUUAAAAAUGGGAUCCAAGCAAAGCACUCGUAGUCUUACUAUAUCCAAUGAAGAAGAGGUAGGAGUGAUUAAAGUAUCUAGUGCAGUUGCAGAACGUUUAGCCCAAGGAGUCAACAAAAGUUUCAAUCAGACUGUUAAAGACGUAAACUCAUUUACUCCGACACAACCAACUCCUUCCGCUGUUCCUCCAUCAUCGUCAUUGCCACAGAAAAAAAUUGGUGAAACACCUUCUGCAUAUCCAGCAUAUUAUUAUCCAGAGUUAACGUUAUCCGCUCUUGAAAUGCAACAUCAGAAAGAACAAGAACUUCAUGCUCAAAAUGAUUAUUGGCAAAAACGCUUAAAAAAUAUGGAAAAUAAGCACUCGAUGAUAGAUAUCCUUUUAGAAGAAGAAUUUAAAAGAACUGUCAAUGAAUUUUAUCCAGAAGAAAAAGGACAAAAAGCGACAAAUAAUUUUAACAAUGAACAGCUGUGUGCUGCAGGUAAAGAAAAAGUAUUAAAAUGUUAUCAAGACCAUCCUAAGGAAACAUUGAAAUGUUCUAAUUUAGUAGAAGAAUUUUCUAACUGCGUGGAUCAACGUCGAAUGAAUUUAAUUACAACCCGCUAACACAUUAAAUUCUGUUAUUAGUUGUUUAAUAAAUUAUUGUGCUUUAGUAGGAUUUCCUAUUUUAUGAACAAUAAAUUGUGCUAUUCAUAAACAUUUUAUAAUUUCAAAUCUUAUAUUUAAUAUAAUAUAAAAGAAAAUAUGUUAAAAAUGUUUAAAGGUCUAAUGAAAUAUAAGUUUGAAUCUUAUAUUAAUGAAGCGAAUUCUGUGCCACUUAUUAUAUAUGUUGCAUAAACCAGUUCGACUAUAAUUAGAAAAUGAUGAAUAUAAAGUAUAUUUAAUAUUUCUUAUGAA